AAUGAAGAAAUUAAAAGUAGGCUUAUUGAAGAAAAAAUCUUAAAAAUUAUUGAAGGUAAAAAUGAUGAAAAUAAGAAAGAAGAAGCAGAAAAAUCUCCUAUUAAACAAAAAAAAGGUACUUAUACAGAUGCAGAAUAUUGCAUAAACCAAACACUAAGGUUCUUAUAUAG